AAGGUUAAAAGGGAGAGAGAACCGUCAACCGUGGAAUCACCGGCAUGCAAUUAAAGCCUACGUGGCAGCCGCUCAGCCUUUCCUGCUUCAAUUUGCGCAGACUUCUGAAACCAUUUCUCUCACAGCCUAAGUCGGUUGCCAUUUUCUCUCUCACACACACACGCGCACGCACGCACUGUGUGCGUGUGUUGGAGUCUCUAUAUAAAUAGUGUAUAUAUUCCCUGGAGCAGAAAACAGUACUGUAGUGUAUUAUUCCGUAAUUAAGAGAGAAUUGGUUUGAUUCAACCUGCUAUGUAUUGAGUGGGUGAAAAAAAAGGAUUCUUGGUGAUAAACUAUAUAAAGGGACUGAUGACGAAUACGAACACUGAGGAUCUUGAUUUAGUACUGGCGUUGGAUUCUCGAAAUUACAGAAUCCAAACAAGGCUGAACAAUAUUUCAGGUGCAGGUGUAAAUGCAAACGCAAGAGGGGAUUUGGCAUUUGCAGCCUCGGAUCCCCUGGCUGAAUUAGUUUGGUCGCCACAUAAUGGUUUGCGUCUUAAAUCGGCUAAUUCGGAUGUGGCUGAUAAAAGACCCUUUCUCAUGUGGAACGUGGGAACCAGCUGUAAUGUUCUUUCGCCGUCGCAGUAUAUCAUAUCCAAGGAGAUUAAAGAUGAUAAAACUGUUGAAGCAAAUGACAUAUUUAGUGAUAAGGCUGUUAGGUUCUGUAAUUGGAAAGAAGGCGAUAGUAUAAUGGAGGAGGAAGUUGGAACCAGAGAUGAUCUUCGGAAGGAGGAAAAUUUGUGCCGUUUGGAGAAUAUCGAAAUUGCUGAAAUGAGCCAAAAGAGUGCUGGACUGGAUACUUCAGCAAAUCGGAUAAGUGAUUGUAAGGUUGACAUGACAACGAAUUCGCUAUCUCCGAAAGAACCAGAUUAUAAACUAACUUCAGCUACUGUAGAAGUGAACAAGAAUAAAACCGACAUGCCCAACAGUUCAGGUGAGAUGAAAGUUCAUGAGGAGAAUUCUCGUUCCGUUGAAGGAUCUCCAACAGGUAGUAGGGUUUUCUUACAUCAAGACAAGGGGAAAGAGAAAGUAUUGUCCGAUGGUGAUAGAAAUGUGGGACCCUCAACAGAUGACGAGGAGAACACUCACGAGAGUGUCGAGAGUUGUAAUAGCGCUGUAUUAUAUUGUCCGAAAGGUGUAAAAAGGCAGAGCUGCGACAAUCUGGUUCUCGAAAGUAAGAGGAUGAAAAAAGAAGAUUCUUCGUUUAUACUCAGACACGAUAGCUCUUUCAUGAAUUGGAUAUCGAACAUGGUGAAGGGUAUAUCCGAUUCUAAUAAAGAAUAUUCCCCGUUGGAAGAUUCUCCGUCGGCCCACCUUGCUCUGACUUUGGCUUGUUCGACUGAUGUUUAUGGUAAGAAAACACAUGAUUCGAAAAACCUAAGUAUGGGGUUCCAAACCAUAUUCCAGUCUUUGUCGUGUAGAAACACAACUGUAAUAUAUAAGGACAAAGAAGAAUCUAGAGUUAUGGUGGCUGAAAAAUCAUCACCCGAAAGUCCUUCUCUAUCGAGUGAGAAGGACAAGAAUAACUCUUCUGGUUUAUGUAAUAAAGAAGCAAAUCCAAUCACUGUUGGCCAGACAAGUAAACCCUGGAUAUUCUCUGAAUAUGUUGAAAAUGAAGAUUUGGCGAAAAAAGGAGUGAUGGAAUCUGAUUCUUCAGGUGAAAAGACGAAUAUCACUGCAGAAAUUAAAGCAACUCCUGACAAAAGUAAUCCUCUCACCAGUUUGUGGAUUACUCGCCUUUCUACGAAAAAUCCUAGGUUAGAAAAGUCGGACGAGGUUACUCGAAAAGUCAAUGUUGCUCGAGCGGUGGAUGAUGUUUUGCCUAUUGAUCGGAAAAAGCCGGUUUUAGGUAAUUCUUUUCCUAGUUAUCGGGCUUGGAAUGUGAAGAAGUACUACUCGAGCAAAAGUGUUUCGACUGUGAAUGAAAUCGGAAGAAACAGUACUCCUUCUAAUUUGGCAAACAAUGUAGAAGAUAAUCGAAACUCACAGAAUAACACAGCUGUAUCCUCGAAAGUAUUUCAUGCAAUAAGGAACUUGCGUCUUACUCGUGCUGAUAUUCUCAGAUGGAUGAAUUCGGGCGUGUCUUUGUCGCAUUUGAGUGGUUUUUUCCUGCGCCUUCGGCUUGGAAAUGUGGAAGCAGGACAAGAGGGAGGUAGUUACUAUGUUGCUUGCAUAACAGGGGAUGGUAGAGAACAUAAAGGUAGCAGAUCAAAGAAGUCUGUGUUGGUGGAUGUUGGUGGGAUUAUAUCAUCUGUUGAGAGUCAGUAUGUUUCCAACCAGGAAUUUCUCGAGGAUGAGAUUGAGGCUUGGUGGUGCAGAAUUAUGGACAGUGGUUGCAAGAUUCCUUCAUUAGAUGAGCUCAACUCUAAACUCAAAGACAGGCAUAUUUUGGGGUUUUAGUAAUAUUUAUCUUUUUGUCCUUGUAUUCACUGCAACCUUGUACUAAAACCAACUCCAUGGUUAGAACUUAGAACAAGUGAUUUCUUUUUUUUUUU